AUGAAGUCAAUAAUCCCCCUAUCUUGUGCCAUCAUAUCGAUUCUGUUUGAAACGACUACAGCGUCCACAAACAGCACGUUGGAUGCACUUGUCCAGAAUUCCACCCAAAAUAUACAAGCUAUCUUGGCUGGUAGAUCGUCUUCGAGUUCAUGUACAUCCGAAAACGUACUUGUCCGCAAAGAAUGGGCAACUCUGACCUCGGAGGAGAGACUAGACUACAUUGACGCUGUCAAAUGCCUCAUGAACGCAAAGCCUAUUACGCCUGCAUCUGCGGCACCAGGAGUUCGUAGCCGUUUCGACGACUUUGGCGCCCUGCACGUCAACAAAACCUCCACGAUCCACUGGACGAGUUACUUCUUCACAUGGCAUCGAUACUACACAUGGUUGUACGAAAGCGCCCUGCGUGACGAAUGUGGCUACACCGGCACCCAGCCAUAUUGGGAUUGGUCCUCUACUGACACCAUAUCCGAGCACCCUCUAUUUGACGGAAGCGACACAUCCAUAUCUGGUAACGGCGUCGCAACGAACCACACGUCAUUCAUCUAUAUUCCCACUCCGGACAUCAUCAACAUCACAGUCACUUCGGGUUCCGGUGGUGGCUGUAUCACUUCUGGACCCUUUGUUAAUUUCACCGUUUCGCUCGGUCCUCAUGGCGCACCAAUCUCGGAUGGCCUGCAGUUGAACGAGCGUUGCCUUACCCGCGAUUUUCGCGAAUGGUAUAUCCAACAAUAUCUGUCCUAUGACAACGUCACCAACGCAAUGAUCCAGCCCGAUAUGCAGAGCCACACCGACGUUGUAGAGUCUUUGCAGGGUGGCAUGCAUGGCAGCGGCCAUACAGUUAUCGGAGGCUUACAAGAUGACCUUUGGGCCAGCGCGCAGGAUCCCUACUUUCUGUUUCACCACGCUCAGAUUGAUCGCAUCUGGAGUCUAUGGCAGGGACUUGAUCAGGAUGUGAGGACAAAGCAGGUCUCGGACACGCUGACAAUCAGAGAUUCACCUCCAUCCGCCAACGGCACUUUGGAAACGAUUGUCGACAUGGGGUUCUUAGCAGAUGCAAUGACUAUUGGAGAAUUGAGCUCUACGAUUGACGGGCCCUUCUGUUACAUAUAUGCUUAG